GCAGUGCGUCGAAGAAAACCAAUAAGAAAACUCGUGCGCGAAAUGUGUUUUCGUAAUACCGUAACAUAGAAAAUAAUUAAGAUUAUAAAAUUUAACUGUUAAAUUGUGACUAAAUCGAAUCAAAUUGACGGGAAAUGUUGCAGUGCAUCAGGGCUAGCAGUUGGCAGCGAUACAGCUUGCGGCACGUCGGAAAUACAUUUCCUGGACACCGGAGGUUAAACUCAACACUCGAAACGCCCGAUGUUGAUGUCGCUUUGAGCACGGGCCGCGUGAUUCGCAUUUCCUCGGGCAAGUAUGCUCGAUUCGCUGACGGUUGUUCCGUGGUCAGCGUAGGCGAUACGGCUGUGAUGGUGACAGCAGUGGCCAAACCGAAGCCUUCCGGCGGCAAUAAUUCAUUUCUACCGUUGGUGGUGGAUUAUAGACAGAAGGCGGCAGCCGCCGGAAGGAUUCCCACCAACUUCCUGAGGAGAGAACUAGGUCCUUCGGAGAAGGAAAUACUUGCGGCACGAUUGGUGGACCGCUCGAUAAGGCCGAUGUUCCCGGCCGAAUACCGGAGCGAUACCCAGCUGGUGUGUAACAUGUUGGCCAUCGAUUCGAGUAACUUGCCGGAUGUGCAAGCCAUCAAUGCGGCCAGUGCAGCGCUGGCUUUGAGCGAUAUCCCUUGGAAUGGACCGAUUGGAGCCGUGAGGGUUGGCUUGGUGGACAACGAAAUUAUCAUUAAUCCGACGAGGAAAGAGCUUCAGUUGUCGUCGCUGGAUUUGGUUGUGACGGCGGCAAAGCAGAAUCUGGUGGUCAUGCUGGAAGGAAGAGGAAAUGUGGUGAACGAAAACGAACUUCGGAUGGCGAUCAAGAAGGGAACUAAGGAAGCUCAGUUGAUCAUCAACGGGAUUGAGAAGUUGCAAAAGUCUUUUGGAAAACCGAAAAGGACAUUGGAUCCGUUACCACAGGCAGCGGAAGAGAUUGAAGCUGCUGUCAGGACAAUGGCCGAGAUGAGACUGCGAGAGAUUUUCAGGGAUUUCGCUCACGAUAAGCUAAGCCGGGAUCAGGCUGUAACGAAUUCGAGAACUGAUACAAUCGAUAAGGUUUGGUCGAGUUACCCGAAUGUGGAUCCAGCUUUAAUUACGGAUUGUUUCAACCGAUUUAGCAAAACCGUGUUUCGAGAGAUGAUUUUUGAAGAAAAUCGUCGAUGCGAUGGGCGGCAGUUGGACGAUUUACGGAAGAUUUCCUGUGGUGUGAAUCUACACAAACCGUUGCAUGGUUCGGCGCUGUUUCAGCGCGGCCAAACGCAGGUCUUUGCCACCGUGGCGUUAGAUUCACACGAAAGUGCUUUAAAACUAGACCCAAUAACGUCCCUCGAUAUGGGCGUGAAAUCGAAGAAUUUCUUCCUGCAUUACGAGUUCCCACCAUAUGCCACAGGAGAAACGGGAAAGAUUGGUCCCGUGGGCAGAAGAGAAAUCGGCCAUGGAGCACUGGCCGAGAAGGGUCUAGUCCCCAUUAUUCCUCACGAACAUCCGUUUACAAUUCGGCUCACAGCGGAAGUGCUCGAAUCGAACGGGUCUAGUUCGAUGGCGACGGUUUGCGCUGGAUCAAUGGCACUGAUGGAUGCUGGCAUCCCGGUACAGGAAGCAGCAGCCGGUGUGGCAAUCGGACUGGUUACCAAGUAUGAGAACAACGAUACGAAACAUUUGCAGGACUAUAGGAUACUGACAGAUCUGCUGGGUAUCGAGGACUAUAUGGGCGAUAUGGACAUGAAGGUUGCGGGGACGCGAAGGGGCAUGACGGCGAUCCAGGCGGAUAUUAAGGUGCCGGGAAUUCCGUUGAAGGUCGUAAUGGAAUCUCUGCAGAAGGCAAUGGAAGCUCGCUUCCGGAUACUAGACAUCAUGGACGAAACGAUUGCCAGCGCGCGGACGUUGAAGAAAGACUGCUGGCCAGUGACGGAUCAGCUGCAGAUUGAGCCGCACCAACGCUCCAAGCUGGUUGGUCCCGGGGGAAUCAACAUUCGGCGGUUGUACCUGGAGACGGGUGUUCAGUUGAACCAGGAAGACGAACACACGUUUCGGAUAUUUGCCCCUUCGGAGGCGGCCAUGCACGAAGCUAAAGAAUACCUGGAAAGUUUGAUGAAGGUGGAGAAGAUUCCGGAUCUGGAGUUCGGUGCCAUCUAUACGGCCAAGAUUGUGGAACUAAAGGAUACCGGAGUGAUGGUGACGCUGUACCCGUCGAUGCCGCCGGCGCUGUUGCACAACUCGCAGUUGGAUCAACGGAAGAUUGCUCACCCUUCCGCACUGGGACUGGAAGUUGGUUCCGAAAUUCAGGUCAAGUACUUUGGCCGAGAUCCGGUAUCCGGAUUCAUGCGUCUCUCGAGGAAAGUUCUCCAAGGCCCUGCCACAGGUAUGAUCCGAAAUCUAGAUCGAAGUGCUUCUUCAAGUAGUUCCAACGGUACGUCCGAUACUUCCGAAGGGAAAUCCUAGCUUUAUUUGCAAUAGUGCCCCUUAUAUGUACCAAGGUGUGUUCAUCUAUGGCUUGAAUUGCCAAUCGGAUGUAAACUGUGUAAAUAAUUCCGUGUGAUUAAACGUAACUAGUAACUCAAA